UUGUUUUUUGAUGGGGCAAGUGAAAUAGUCCGACCAGAUAAGUAGCCCGAUUAAAGGAAUCAGUUAUUGCCAGUAAUUAUCAGUAUUACUACUAAUGCAAGUUCUUAACUACUACCCCAUCCUCACUGCAGAAAUGCAACAAGUGGUAGACUGCCUUCUGGGUUUGCCAUUCCACCCUUUCCUAGAGAUCUUCAGGCCAAGCUUGAUGACAAAGAACCAUGCCAGAAGUCCUCUAAGGAUAGACACAGAAUCAUUAGAGUUCUUCAUGAAGCCAUGAUAGAACACACAAUGUAUCCAACCAAUGCAGAAUAUGUGCAGGUGGCAAAAGCACUAAUUGUGAAAUACCCUUUCCUAAAGGAUCUUGAAGGGAAUGGCUAUCACACUUGGCACCAGUCCCUCAAACGCAAAUUUAAAGCUGAGCGUGCACCUCUCAUCCAUGAAGAUGAGGUAAGAAAGAGUAAGGAGAAGUUUGGCCACACAAGAGUGAGACACUCUGAACAAUCUCCAACAGCCUGUCGCAGAUCUGAGUCAAGGUACAGCAAGAUGCGACCUGACACCUUGGUGGUCAAAGACCGAAUGCAGCGAACUUUUGCAUGGCGAAGAAGGGAGAUAAGAGAUGGGAUGACUGUGGAGGAUAUACUUAAGAAAUACCCUUUCCUAAAAACACCCUCAGGGUUGUGUGAUGAAAUUGACCAAAUGCAUUCAUCAACUGUCAGCUUAAGCCAGCGCUUCAAGGACGGCUUUACCAGUAUUGUGCCAAAGGUGCUUGAGCUUGUUCAAAGAAAUGCUCCAUUAGCCAAAAUCUACAAAGAAGCAAGAGAAGAGAUGCUUGCAGAAGAUCUACCAGAUUCUGACUUUCGUGCAGCACUGAUUCUGCUGCCCCACAUCUUUAAAGAGAAAGUUGAGAGCUUCAUCACAUUGGGAGAGUUUGAUGCUGAUACACCAUACCAACCAUACAAUUGGUAGAAACUGACUGGAAAAUGGCUUUCUCCAAGAGGCUUCAAGUCCUUGUCAAAGUGGAUGGUGUGGAGGUGUGCAGGGGAAUAGGAGUUGAAGAAGGGAUAGUUGCAG